AAUGGUUAUCUCCAACAACCAAGAGUUUUUUGUUAACCCCUUUUAACAUAACCUUUAAUCUCAUAACUGCUUGAGCAUACAACUAUAAAAUCAAAAAGACUCCAUCAUUCUCUUCCCUUUUCCCUAACUUCUCUCUACACUUCGGUAGCUGUAAUGAGAACGCAUAUCGACGAGAAAUUAAAAGCGUUGAAGAAGAGGUAUGAGGAUAUAAUAAUUGAAACAAGAAAGGAGGCUUCAACGAGGAUUAUGAUGUGGGAACAAAAAGCUCUUUGGUAUCAGCGCGAGCUUCAACUUGCAAAACAAGAAGCCCUUCACAUGCAGCAGCUCAGGCUCCAACAGAUUAGUGAAGCAGAAUUGUCAUCCUUGAGUCAACAGAGGAAGAUUGAAGAACUCGAAGCUCAACUUCAGGAAGCAGAAGAUAUUGUAUAUGAUAUCAGAGUAGAGUUGAGAAAAGUUCAAGCUGAACUUGAGAGAGUGAGCUGCAACAAAGAGAAGGAUGUACACAACUUGCAGGAUCACGAUACUGCUACUCCUGGAGAACUACCAGAGGAGAAUAUAGUCUCAUUGCCUCCCGAAUCACAGUAUGAUUAUGUGACAACUUCUAACAUGAAGGUAGCCAAUAUGAACCAGAAUAUUGAGGGCUACCAGUCUUGCCACGCAAAGGUUAACAUAAGAAGUCCUUACAUUGCUAGUGGGAAUUUGCCCUCUUUAAGUUUGAGAAGCAAAGCACCAGAAUUAUACCAAAAUGGAUGUACGCAGAGACUUCCUGCUUCCGAAGGAAACCUAUUAGAUAGGGAAAUCCGUCAUGAAAAUAUAUCUCCCAAACAUAUUCCAAAUAUUAGAACCGAUUGUUGCUUGAGAUCUCAUGUAACUAAAGCCAGAGACAAUGUUCCUAGUGAAGAUCCUUCUGAGACGGCCCAAAUAUUAUACACAGGAAAAGCUGAACCAGGCAUGAAGAUCGGAUUCACAGAAACUUCAGAUGAUAAACCAGGGUCCGUUGAGGCAACUGGUGUUCAUAAUGCAAUAGAUGAGCAUGCAGGAUUAACGGGGAAGAUGGAUAUUUCAGAACAAGAUAAUAGAUCUGUGGAGGGCUUAGAGGUUCCUGCUUACAAAAUAGAUAUUGAUAGUGUUUGCAAUCAGUUGUUCUAUCUGAAAAAUCUUUGCAAUCAGUUGUUAAACUCAAAAUCUACGGUAUCUAAUCUAAACAAUGAGAAUCCUAGUCAGCCUCUAAAUGAUAGAGUGAUUAAAUACACAUUCCAAAGAAAGAGGAAGAGGGAUUUGUGUAGGGUAUCUGCUGAAAAUGCUUCAAUUGAGAAGAAUUCCUUGAAGAAAACAAAUGAGGAGAAACUAAAUAAUCUUCUGGAACCUCAAAAGUUGACAGUGACAGAAUCAUCAGAAGACAGUGGGAAAAUUGCAGAGGUUGCUCAGCAGGUAGUGAAGCAGCUCAGUUGAAGAGAAGAUGAAAAGGUCAAGAAUGGAGCUAAAAAGUAGUACAGAUCUUUCCAUUUUCGAAGUCGAUAUAUUUGCCAGGUUACCCACCUAAACCGGAAGUCUGUGAAAAGUGACCCAUUGCGUGUGCAAUGGACUGAGUGCGGGCAGCAAUCAGAGUGCAAGAACAAAUGAAACACUAUCCCUGAAGCAAGACCAAGUGUGGACUGCAAUGGAAUUGUUUGGCCGCAGUGGUAGCCGCAAUAUACUCCGCGCUGCUGCAGCUUGGAAGGAUCAGAGAAUUGUCAAUUAUUGAAGUGUUGGAAGACAGGGAAGUGUGGCCGCAACACCUGAAGUGCGGACCGCAAUCUCUGAAGAGCAGCCUCAAUGCACACUUGCAAUUGAAAACCACUUAAGACAGCCAGAUGCAGUGUGGACUGCAAUGCUCAAGUGCGGCCACACUACAUCGGCAUUUCCGGCACUGAUUUCCAGGACACUAUAAAUAGUAUUUUUAGGUCUUUUUAGGGUAUGUUUUGUCUUGGGGCUUGGAAUGAAGCAGCCUUUGUGUAUUUGGGGGUAUUUUCUAGGAAGAUCAUCAUUAACAAUAUAUUUUGCAAUUAGUAGUUUAAUUAUAUUUAGUUCUUCUAUAUUUUGUGUUUUUAUCUCUUUAGUUAUAAGUAGCUAGACUUAUACCUAGGGUUGUAUUUCAACCCUAGUAUGUAAAACUUUAUCGGUUUUUAAUAUUGAUCUUGUUUAUGAGUGGAUUACUUA